AUGCCAUCGCCGGGCGACCAGCACGCGAGUGAUAACCGUGACGUGCACGUUGUUAAUAUCGAUGCCGAUAUCGAUCGGAUCAUUAACGGUAUCGAUAAGAAGGAUUCAAUCGUGGUGCAGAUCGAGAACGGAAACAUGAAUGGAAACGGAGCAAUAUCAAAUUCAAAGCCAAAGCCGGUAAACAUUGAGGAGGUAGUCCAAAGGGCAAGAGACACAUUCGCUCGCGGCGUGACCAAACCGCUAGCAUGGCGCAAGCAACAACUGAAGAACCUCUUACGUAUGUACGAGGAGAAUUACAAUGCUAUGGUCGAAGCCCUGCACAAGGAUCUGCGGCGAUCCAAGAUGGAAGCUGUGCUGCUGGAGGUCGACUAUCUUAUCAAUGACUUGAAAAGCAUGUUGCAUCAUAUUGACGAGUGGGCCAAGCCAGAACAUCCGUCAAAAGGCUUUGUGAACAUGCUGGACGAGGUGGUGAUCUACAACGACCCGUACGGCGUGGCGCUGGUCAUCGGCGCGUGGAACUACCCGCUGCAGCUGCUGCUGCUGCCCAUGGCCGGCGCCAUCGCGGCCGGCAACACUGUCAUCGUCAAGCCCAGUGAGCUGUCCGUAGCCUGCGCCAACUUCGUGGUGGAGACGCUGCCCAAAUACCUGGACAAUGACGCAGUACAAGUGGUGGAAGGCGGUCCAGCAGAAACAACAGAACUGCUCAAGCAGAGGUUCGACUACAUCUUCUACACGGGCGGCACCAACGUCGGCAAGAUCGUGCACGCCGCCGCCGCCAAGUUCCUCACGCCCGUCACGCUCGAGUUGGGCGGCAAAAGCCCAGUGUACAUCGACAGCACAGCGGACCUCGAGGUGACCACGAAACGCAUCCUCUGGGGCAAGUUCAUCAACUCAGGCCAAACCUGCAUCGCGCCAGACUACAUAUUAUGCAGCAAAGAGAUCCAGGACAAAUUCGUGGCCGAAGCCAAGAAAGUUUUGAAGGAGUGGUAUGGAGAAGACCCGCAGAAGUCUCCCGAUCUAUGCAGGAUUGUAAACAGCAGGCAUUUCAGCCGCCUCCAAGCCCUAGUUGACGCCAGCAAGGACAAAAUCGCCAUCGGCGGCAAAUACGACGCGCAGGAGCGGUUCAUCACGCCCACCAUCCUCACCAACGUGACAGGUUCGGACAAGAUUAUGGAGGACGAGAUCUUCGGGCCCAUCCUGCCCAUACUGCCCGUACAGAACGCUUAUGAGGCCAUCAAGUUCAUCAAUGAGAGGGAGCACCCCCUAGUGCUUUACGUGUUCAGCAUGGAAGCCAACAUUCAGAAGUUGUUCAGGGAGCAGACCCGCUCGGGCAGUCUGGCCUACAACGACACGAUCAUGUUUUACGGCGUUGAGACGCUACCCUUCGGCGGAGUGGGCCACAGCGGCGUGGGCGCGUACCACGGGAAGGCCACCUUCGACACGUUCACGCACAAGAAGAGUUGCCUCAUCAAGAACUUCUCGCCCAUUGGAGAGAAGCUCGCUUCCGGUCGGUACCCGCCGUACACUGACGGCAAGCUGAGCUUCAUCACGACGCUGAUGCGCAAGCGGCACGGCCCCUCGUUCGCCGCGCUGCCCUACCUGCUGUGCGUCGCGCUCGGCGCCGGCCUCACCUACGGCAUCGUGGCCUGGAACAAGGCUGCGUCUGAGGAGCUGUAGACGGGUGGACUCUUAAACAGUCUCAAGAAACGAAGUACCAGGGAUAUUUGUGAUAAUAUUGUUUUAUAAGAAACGUUAUAUCUUUACUAUUAACUAUUUUAAAUAAUGAAACUAAGUUGGCAGGCAUUCCGCUCAACUGUUGCAUUUAUAUGUGUUUAUUUUUGUUAUGUAUUGUUUACUGUAUCAUUGUUAACACGCUUGCCAUCUGCUACAAUAAUAAUUUUAUAUUGAUAUUUGGGCACAAAUGUUCUUACUUACUUAAAGGUUGAUAAUGAUCUAAUUUAUACCUUAAAAAAAUUAUAUUAUUUUUAUCUCUCAAUCUAAGUCACUAUUCCCCUAACGAAUUUACUUUAAUGUACAAAAAUUACUAUAUUUGUUUUAGUUAAAGCGGUAUCCAGACGGGAUGAUCCAAUCGACCGAUUUGAUCAGAAAUUAAAUUGGCGUCAAUCUCCAAUUUAAUCACCAAUUUUAGAUUUAUGGUGAUAUAGCCCUCUAAAUUGAAAAAAUGCCCCAGAACGAAAAUACUGGCGUCAUAAAUUGGUAUUCUUGCGUCCGCAUCUCAUUUUAUCGGUAAUAUCGGUCAUUAUCGGGGGUUGAAUUUGAUCGGACAAUUUAAUCAGAUUGGCGAAAAAUUGUCCCCGUCUGGACACGCCUUAAAGGUGAUGGUUUUUGAAGAUUUGUGUUGCCUACCU